AUGGACUCUACAAACUCGAGCGGCAACGCAAUCAAUCAGCGACCAUCUCCCUACCAGGCCAAACCCAUCCCACAGCCACGCCAACACGAUCACUUGGUCUAUGUAGGCCGGACGCACGAAGGCCAAACGAACCUCUACAUCAACGUCGGCGAAGAUCUCAAGCGCCCCUUCUUCUGUAAUUCGUUCUAUCCAAAUCAUGUUACCGGCGUAGUACGAUAUCAGAUAGGCGCAACCCCGCCCCCCCACAAGGUAGAGGACCUUGGCUGGUUCUCAGACCCAACCGCCUUCACGCCCAUCUGCACAGGUCAGCCAGUCCAGCCAGCACCUCCAAAUCAACCAAACCAAGCCGAGACCUUCAAUGCAUGGAAAUUAGCCCUGCUUCGCGACCUGGCGCAAAACUAUGGCCAUCUCUGGACUCGCAACGACGUUUGGCUGGUGUUCGGUUCUGCAACUCCAACGGACAAUGAGGCUAUCGGGGACACCAGGGAGUGGAAAGAGGACUGGAUCCAAGACCUCUUGGAUCUGGAGAAGAGGUAG